AUGGGCAUGCGAUGUUUGUUUAUGCUUCUUUUUCUGCUUGGAUUUGCAGAAUCACAGUCUUCUAUACAUUCCUUUAACCAUACAGACUUAGAAGCAGCGAUAGGUGACAUGAGAAGCAAAUCUUACUAUGGAUUUGCAAUGCUUUUGCAGAUGCUGAAUGGAACAUCACAACCAAGUAGGGAGCUAACUUUCUUAAUGCCAGAUGAUAGAGAACUAUCUGCAACCUCUAUUUCUGUUGAUCAAAUAGAAGAGUUCUUACUACGCCAUGCUAUCUUAAUGCCUCUCUACUUCAAUGAUUUAUCUCCUUUUCCAACUGGGACCCUUGUUCCCUCAGGGAUUAGCUCCAAAAUGAUUAGGAUCCAUAACCGUGGUAGGGGGGAUUUCUUUGUUAAUAAUGCACAAAUAGUUUCAGCUAAUGUUUGCUUGAGCUCAGUGAUUAAAUGCCAUGGAAUUGAUGCAUUAAUUGAAUAUGAUUGA